CAUAAUAAACAAAACUCCCCAUAAUUUCUCUUCUCUUCUACUUUAUUCUUUCAUCUCUUGUUUAAUAUUUUCCGCGUAAAAAAAUAAGAAAAAACAACGUAACAUGAGAAGAUAGAUUAGAGGGAUUGUUAAUGGCAAAAGUUGUGUAGAUUGGAAGAAAAUGGCAAGAGAGGCAUUCAUUUUGAAGGAAAGCGCUUUGUUAUCUCUCAAAACAUUAAAGAGCUUGUUGAUGUUGAUAAAUACGGGUGUUAUGUUGUUGUUGUUGCCCUUUAGAGGGCGGAGGAGGGUGUCGCCGGCGGAAAAACUUGGCGGCAGCGGCUGCAAGGAUGAGAAGCAGCCGGAGUGCCACCGGAAAGGGGCGGUAGUGCGUGUCCCAACCAAGAUGGUGCCAUGGAAGAGUGCUGCAAUAAAGGCAGUGGAUCUAACCACCACCACGAGAAGAGAGUUGGCCAUAAAAAGGGUUGUGGAGGAUGUUGAUCAAAGUUGUCUGAGGAAGUAUUGGCUUUUGAGAACAAGAAGGGGUGACACCAUUUUCACACAAUCUUGGGCACCAGCUAAUGUUAAGAUCAGGGGACUUGUUCUUCUUAUGCAUGGACUUAAUGAACACUGUGGCAGAUAUAAUGAUUUUGCAAAGCAUUUGAAUGCUAAUGGCUACAAGGUUUAUGGGAUGGAUUGGAUUGGCCAUGGUGGAAGUGAUGGGCUGCAUGCAUAUGUCCAUUCUCUUGAUGAAGCUGUUUCUGAUAUGAAAGUAUUUCUUGAGAAGGUUCUAAAUGAAAAUCCUGGGCUUCCAUGUUUCUGCUAUGGACACUCAACAGGUGCAGCCAUUAUUCUUAAGGCACUGCUUGAUCCAAAGGUUGAAGCUAGCAUAGUUGGUGCCACAUUCACAUCACCAGCUGUUGGAGUUGAGCCUUCUCAUCCAAUUUUGGUGGUACUUGCUCCUAUAAUUUCAUUUUUUCUGCCAAGAUAUCAAUGUAAUUCUGCAUAUAAGAAAGGGAUGCCAGUUUCCAGAGAUCCAGAGGCUCUAAUUGCUAAAUAUUCAGACCCACUAGUGUGUACUGGAUCUCUUAGAGUACGCACUGGCUAUGAGAUUCUCCGAAUUACAAACUACUUGCAGCAAAAUCUAAGAAAAUUGAGAGUUCCAUUUCUUAUUCUUCAUGGAACUGUUGAUUCUGUUACUGAUCCUAAUGCUUCUCAAAAGUUGUAUGAAGAAGCUUCCUCUACUGACAAAACUAUCAAGUUGUAUGAAGGGUUCUCACAUGACCUCCUUUUUGAACCUGAAAGAGAAGCUAUCACUCAGGACAUAAUUCAAUGGCUGAAUAAUAGAAUAUGAAAUAAGAUAGAGCAAUAUGGGAAAAAAUAUCAUAGAAUUUCCAACCAAAGAAAUUUUGAUUGAUUAGCACUCUAGUGAUCAAUUGGGUUGUGGAGACAAGAGAAACUU